AUGACGAUGCUGGUAUUCCUGGCUGGAAGCCCUGAUAUGGCGUUAGACCUGUGGUCCCCUCCACAACCGCCGAAAGGUAAGGCAAUGUUGGACAAUGUGGUUUUGGACCCGUCAUUCCAUCUCAGACUCCUACUAAGGUUGCUGAACGGCGAGUUCCUUGAUCUGUUCCGGUAUACCCUUGAACACUUACACUAUCUAUCUAGCGACGUCGAUGUCGACGCACCUGGCAUCCCGGGAUGGAAAUCAUGGUAUGGCGUAGGCCCCGUGAUCCCCUCAAAAGCCGCUGGCGACGAUUCUGAUGUCGACGCGCCCGGUAUUCCAGGCUGGAACCCCCACGCUGGAGUAGGCCCAGUAAUCCCGUCCGCGGCUCCUUCAAAGGUCGUUAAACGCGAUAGUGAUGUCGAUGUACCGGGUAUCCCGGGGUGGAAGCCCAUUUACGGUGUUGGACCUGCGAUCCCGUCACAAACCAGCGAAAGGGAUGAGGAAAACGCAGGCAUCCCGGGCUGGAAGCCUUGGUACGGUGUCGGACCAGUGGUUCCCUCUCAAACCGCAGAAAGCGACGCCGGUAUACCAGGAUGGAAGCCCGUCUACGGUGUUGGACCUAUCGUCACCGCAUCGCCUAAUUCCGCUCACGACUAA